UUAAGUGUAAGAAGCAGACGUUUAUUUGUUUUGCCAUUUGUAUUAAAAUAUUUUUUUAGAAUUCAUAUACUUAAUUAGGAAAGAACAAAUUGACUGCCGAUGGGUGCACUGUUCACAAAAAGUAAAAAGCAAAGCCGUGUUACUGAACACGACAAGGCUGUGCUGCGAUUGAAACAACAACGAGAUAAGCUGAAACAGUAUCAAAAACGUAUUGAAUUACAGCUUGAAAAAGAUAGGGAGCUAGCCAGAAAAUGUCUUCAAACAGGACGACGGGACCGGGCUAAAUUACUACUUAGGAAGAAAAAGUUCCAAGAAACACAACUUAACAAUGCGGAUAAGCAAUUAGAAAACUUGGAAAAACUGACUGCUGAUUUGGAGUUUGCUCAGGUAGAAUUGCAAGUGAUAGAAGGCUUAAAGCAGGGUAAUGCAGCCCUUAAGAAAGUACAUGAUUUAAUGGAUAUUAAUGAGAUAGAAAAGAUCAUGGACGAAACAAGGGAAGGAGUGGAAAAGCAACAAGAAAUAGAUGCCAUAUUAUCAGGAGCUCUCAGCCAAGAAGACGAAGAAAAUGUAUUAGCUGAAUUAGACGCAUUAGCUGCGGAAGAGGCUACUAGUUUGUUACCUGAGGUUCCAGCUGAAGACUUACCUGAAGCCAAUGCGCCGGUGGAAGAUGCUACUCUCACUGCUGAAAUUGAUGCUGAUGCGCCAAAAAAGAAGCGCAAGAACCUAUCAGAACAGAAUAAAAAAGUGCUUGUGGAAGCAUAAAUGUACAUAUGUAAAUACCUAUCUCUUUACACUUUCGUAUUCAAUUAGAUUCGGCAACACCGUCUACAAUCGUUUUUGUUUGCUUUUAUUGUUUAAAUUAAUACUAAGUCACUUAGUUUAAAUAUAUAUGCAUAAAAGGUUUUAUAAAUAAAUUUAUAAUACGAAA